AUGGCCGGCCCCCCCGUCCCCUUCUCCGCUCUUCCACUCAACAAGUCCAACGCGGCGACGCGGCUCAACGCGUGGGGCGCGCACGGCGCAACGGACGAGCUGGGAUUCCUGAACCGACAGACGCCGGAGACGGUGGCGGCGGCGGCGGCGUCGGAGAUCAAGACGGGCGUGCGGGUCCCGCUGGACGCGCCGCUAGACUUCCAGGGCCAGAAGCCGCUGUUCGGGCGCCAGGUGUUCGUCAAGGACGUGUACCAGAAGAAGCCGCGCAUCGUGCAUGACGACACCUGGUCGUUCAACACCCAGAGCUCGACCCAGUGGGAUGGCCUGCGCCACUUCGGGUACCAGAAGGCCGGGUUGUUCUACAACGACACCACGGUCGAGGACAUCGCGGGCGUGUCCCCGAAGGGAGCCCAAAAUCCCAACAUCCUCGGCAUCCACAAGGCGGUGGAGCGCGGCGGCGUCAUGGGCCGCGGCAUCCUGGUGGAUUUCCGGCGGUGGAUGGACGAAGGGCCCGGGAAGGACGUGGUGGGCGGCGCCUUCAAGCAGUUCGAGACGUCGGCCAUCAAGUUCGAGUGGAUCCUCGAGGUGCUCAAGUGGCAGAACAACACGACCCCGCGCUUCGGUGACAUCCUGAUCGUGCGCUCGGGCUUCUUCCAGUCGUACUACUCGAUGGUGUCGACGCCCGCGGGCGAGGCCGAGAUCCAGCGGCUGACGUCCAUGAGCCCGCCCGGGCUGGGGGGCGUCGAGCAGUCGGAUGAGGUGCUGCGCUGGAUCUGGGAGCACUUCUCGGCCGUGGCCAGCGACCACCCCAGCUUCGAGCGCUGGCCCACGCCCUUCGACUGGAGCAUGCACGAGGUCCUCCUGGCCGGCUGGGGCUGCAACAUCGGCGAGCUGCUCGACCUCGAAGCCCUCAGCAAGGAGUGCGCGCGCCAGGGCCGCUGGAGCUUCUUCGUCGCGUCCGUGCCGUGCUACGUCCCCGGCGGCGUGGCCAGUCCGGUCAACGGCGUGGCUAUUUUUUGA